AAGAAGAAGAACACAAGCUUGGAUUCCAGAUUUUUAUGUGAAAGAGCGCUUCCUUCUCCGUACGCGCUUCGGAUCUCUGAUACUCUGCAUAACAUCACUAAAGUGUCCUGAUUCUUUACACCUCUUAUAAUGAAAUCAGAGUCCAGACGCCGCUCUUUAGGAAAAUCUCCACAGACUCCUGCUGCUACUGGCUCAAAGAUGUACCACUGCUCAGAUUGUGGGAAGAGUUUUAGUAAAAGUCAUCAUCUCAAAGAUCACAAGCGGAUCCACACAGGAGAGAAGCCAUAUGACUGCUCACAAUGUGGGAAGAGUUUUGCCCGUCAGAGUACUCUCCAACAGCAUCAGCGCAUUCACACAGGAGAAAAGCCAUAUCACUGCUCACAGUGUGGGAAGAGUUUUACUUGCAGGAGUCAUCUCAAACAACACCAGCGCAUUCAUACAGGAGAGAAGCCAUAUCACUGCUCGUAUUGUGGGAAAAGGUUUACUUGCAGGAGUCAUCUCCAACAACAUGAGCACAUCCACACAGGACAGAAGCCGUAUCACUGCUCGCAGUGUGGGAAGAGUUUUACUUGCCAGAGUUCUCUCCAACGACACGAGCGCAUUCACACAGGAGAGAAGCCGUAUUACUGCUUGCAGUGUGGAAAAGGUUUUCGUGACCAGAGUGCCCUGUACAGUCACCAGCAGUGUCAUACAGGACAGAAGCCGUACCUCUGCGGACAAUGUGGACGGAGUUAUACUCAUUCAGGGUCAUUAAGGACUCACAAGUGCUCCAACAUAAAGCCAUCAGCUGUUGACAUGUGAAUUUGUCAGUUUGUCAAUUGUCAAUAAGAUACAUGGUUUUCACUUUCAUUUUUUACCGGAGGGUAAAGUGACAUUCUGGCAUAAAACUAUGAUGAUAUAAUAUUCAUCAUGGACUUUAAUAUUCUGUUGCAUGGGACUUUCUCUCUGGGUUUUAGCAGAAUUCAUGAUUUUGUUGUUUUCCUGUUUUCCCCCCAAACACUACGCUACCAAGCAUUGAAUACACACAUUUAACCAGUGGGAAUGCCCACUUUAAUCAACCAAUCCAGACCUCUGAGUGAGACACACGACUCUGACAUCUCCCUCUAAACAAAACCAAACACAACCAAAACACAGAGGCAUUGUAUUAUACAUUUAGCAACACUUUUCAUUUUAAUUGAUUUUUAAAUGCGAGCUAGAAUUUGUUUUCUAAAAUGUCGUGUUGUGCAUACUAUUGAACUGGACACAUUUCCAAGCCAACAGAAGAUGGUUGUGUUUACAGGCAGUUUGAAGAGAUAUUUCUGGUCCAAGUUACUCCGUAUUUGCAGUGUCCAUUUAACUACAGCUAACUACACUAUAUGGCCCAAAAGGGAUGCCUGACCACCACACCCAUAUAUGCCUUUUGAACAUCCAUUAUAACAGGCAAAAGAGAUUAUUGACCCAGGCAAACAGUAACUGAUAAGUGUUUCUUUCUGGAUUUUUUUUUAGUUGAAACUAGUUUUAGCACUGAUUGUCAGGUAGAAGCUGUAACUGCGCUUCCUUGUUGCUAUGAGCUGUAUACACGUUGCUAGAUUAAAGCUAAUUCCGGUAUUCAUAUUCGGUUGGGAGUCGCUCGUUCAUACGACUACUCUUUGUUUUGCUAAUUAAAGAGGCGUGCUCAGCUGUGAAACACCGCAGUACUUAAGAAACGCUGAGGCAGAAGCGUCAGCCCUUGUAGUGUGAAGACUGAGCUCGUGUAAAGACCUGCGAGUCUACCUGCGCAAGUCCACCGAGCGAGGACACCAGCAAGACACCACACGUGCUGCUAAGUAUACUUUUUUUUUUUCUUUUUCUUCCCCCCUUUCAUUCCUCUUGCUGUUUACCUGUUUACACAGGUACUAACACUAACAUGUGUCAUCAAUUUAUUCCUGUUAUUUGCCACAGGCGCCGACCGCAGCAUACUCCCAGAAAAGUACGCAACCUGGACAACCUACGCUCUCUGAAUGUGGCCUCUGCAGAUUCCCUGUCAUUCUCUAUCGGACUUUGGAACUGCCAAUCUGCUGUCAACAAGGCAUAUUUCAUUCCUGCCUUUGCAACCCACUCCAACCUCAGUGUGCUGGCUCUGACUGAGACCUGGAUCCAUGCUGAGAACACUGCACAUCUGCUGCCCUAGCCUCCAACUUCAACUUCUCCCAUACCUCGCGUCCCAACAGGCGACGGGGUGGUACAGGUUUGCUUCUCUCCAAAACAUGGAAAUGUCAACUGGGGAAGUUCAUUGAUGAAUUUGACACGCUACUGUCCACCAUCCCGGAUGAUGGAACUCCUCUUGUG